CAGAGCCAGGCUGCAGGAAGGCGAGGGAGAGAGAGACACACACACACACACAGAGGUCCCAUCUCCCGGAGGUUUCAGUUGGCGAGCGGCUGGGGUUUGCGCAUUAACCAAAAAGGAAAGAAACGAGCCGCACACUGACACCAAAACCGAACCUGAAGCUUUGAAAACAAAUAAUGAAAAAUCAGUGUCAAGAUUCCAAACUCUGAAGGAAAGUCCAAAGUGUGCUAAACUACCUCGCCCAGCUCAUGUUUUCUCCUGAUCAAGAAAAUCUUUCUUCAUCUACCAAAGCACCCAUUAAAUAUGGAGAAAUCAUUGUGUUAGGGUACAAUGGAUCGCUCCCAAAUGGAGACCGAGGACGAAGAAAAAGCAGAUUUGCUUUAUUUAAAAGACCAAAGCCAAAUGGUGUGAAACCAAGUACAGUGCAUGUUACCUGUACUCCUCAAGCAGAGAAGGCGAUAAAUAACAAGGACCAACACAGUAUUUCAUAUACACUGUCACGUGCUCAGACAGUGGUGGUAGAAUAUACACAUGACAACAAUACAGAUAUGUUCCAGAUUGGCCGUUCAACCGAGAGCCCAAUUGAUUUUGUGGUGACGGAUACUGUGCCAGGAAGUCAGAGUAAUGCCGAUACUCAGUCUGCUCAGAGCACCAUAUCCCGAUUUGCCUGUCGUAUUAUAUGUGAAAGGAAUCUUCCCUACACUGCCAGGAUAUAUGCAGCUGGUUUUGACUCAUUUAAGAAUAUUUUCCUCGGAGAGAAGGCUGCCAAAUGGAAAACUUCUGAUGGUCAGAUGGAUGGUUUAACCACAAAUGGUGUCCUCGUUAUGCAUCCAAGACUUGGUUUUACAGAAGAUUCCAAGCCAGGAGUCUGGAGAGAAAUAUCUGUCUGUGGCAAUGUUUUCACCCUGAGAGAAACUAGGUCGGCACAACAGCGAGGGAGAAUGGUUGAGAAUGAAACCAAUGUACUGCAAGAUGGUUCUUUAAUAGAUCUGUGUGGAGCAACUCUACUUUGGCGCACUGCAGAGGGACUCUCUCACACUCCGACUGUUAAACAUCUGGAAGCCCUUCGUCAGGAGAUCAAUGCAGCCAGGCCACAGUGUCCGGUUGGGUUUAAUACACUGGCCUUCCCCAGUAUGAAAAGGAAAGAUGUAGAUGAGAAACAACCAUGGGUGUAUCUUAACUGUGGACAUGUACAUGGCUUUCAUAACUGGGGAAACAAGGAUGAGAGAGAUGGAAAAGAGAGGGAGUGCCCUAUGUGCCGAUCACUAGGCCCAUAUGUUCCACUGUGGUUGGGGAGCGAGGCUGGAUUUUACGUUGAUGCAGGACCUCCAACUCAUGCGUUCAGCCCUUGUGGACAUGUUUGCUCAGAAAAGACUACCACUUACUGGUCCCAAAUCCCUCUUCCUCAUGGCACCCACACUUUCCAUGCAGCUUGUCCUUUCUGCUCCACACAACUCACUGGGGAACAAGGAUACGUUAGACUUAUUUUCCAGGGACCUCUUGACUAAGGACACCACUUUAUUAACUGCAGGGGAAAACAGAUCGUAGAAAGACGUUUGAUAUCUUUGAGAAUUAUAAGCUAGUUUUCUAUACUGAAUUCCAUGGGUUUUGGAUUUUGUCUGUUCUGGAACAUAACCUGACUUGUGUAGUCCUUCUUGAGGAAAGAAACCUCGUUGUUUUCAUUGAUGUUGUCUACAGAACUGCUUUUGAUAUGUCUGCAUUUCUUAAACACAAGUAUUUUGAAAUACAGAAACUUCUUGCCCAAAUAUUUAAAAUAAACAAACCACUGUUAUGUUGGUCCCUCUUCACAAAUACAGUACCAAUUAUAAAAUUUGAAGAUUGUGUUGUUUUAAUAAAAUGUGGACUCAUUUUUAGCUGAUUCAACCUAAUUUGUAAUGGGCUGAAUAAAUCUAAUGCAACUUGAUGAGAUAGUCUUUUGGUCAUAAAAGCUGCAGUAUGAUCCAGUAAAAUAUACCUUGUUUCAACAACAUUUGUGUAAAGAAUUUAAUCCUAAAAUUUAGGAACAAAAGGUUUGAUUUAUUACUUUGCGCUAUCAUUAUAAGAUACUGCGAUACACUUGUAGUAUCUGUGUAAGAGGAGCCAGUGAUCUUUUUAUCUUGGGCAGAAUAAUUACCUCUAGCUUCCAAAGGAAUAUCAGCAGUUAACUACAGGUAACAUUAACAGAUCUUUGAUCUGUUGAUUACAGUUGAGACCCAAGGUAGAUGCAACUUCACAAAGCCUCAUGUGUUUUAUUCAGUAGCAACAGGCUGGGGGUAAGAAUUCAUAUGAAUUGGGCACACCAAAUAUUUUGCAGCUAUUUACUACAAAGUAAUGACAUGCCACUGUAAUGUAAUUGCAUAAAGCUAACUCUGUGCAACUGUCUGCAUUUAACAUCCCAAUAAUGGCCAGUGCAUGCCAUUGUGCCAAAAUAACAUUUGACAUGCUCUCAUAGUGAUAAAGGUGCACCACCUUGAAUAUCAUUAAUUGUUUACACAAGCUCACCUGCUAAACAACUUCCCAGCUGUAACUGAGGAUGCGUGAAGUUGGCCUAUUUUACUGUAUUGCAGCUUUCAAGUUCUGUAGGGUCUUUUGUACUAAAUUAUUGCCUGAAAUGUAUGUAGCUUUAGGUGUUUGUAGGGGAUGCUUAGCAUAUGUGGAAUGCUAACUUAUAAAGUCUUGAUUUUGUGGAGUCAUAUUAUCUUGGGAUGUGCAAAACUGCUCUCUGAUUCUGGUCAACUAACUUGUACCCUGAGUAAUAAUUAACUUUGUCCCUUUAACUUGGUAUAAUUGCUACCCUUAAUUUAGUUUGCUGUAUAGAAUAAACCUUCUCAUUACAAAUCAAA